CAUUUCCACAACUGCAAUUUCAUUACCAAACAAAGCACAGCAAUCGAUGUUGCAUGUUGCAUGUAUGCCGCUAGAUCGAUGCCAGAGUGCAGAAUGCAGCUGCGAGGAAGCUCCACAAUCGACGGCAUAACAUACACCGACCGACGGCAAUGCACCACGGCUAAGAAUAUAUGCCUCUGUCUAUCAAGUGUCCCUGUUUUUGGAAGAGGAUGGGGGAAAUAUAUUAUUGCUCUUUCCAGUAUGCCGCCGCUUUCACCCCUCCAGAGCCAUAACAGAGCCCGCAUGGCAACGGUGGUGUGGUCGGUGUCCAUUGGUAACCUGUUUAUCGAGCCAAAUCGGUAUCGGCGCAUCGUUUCGGGGCUCGACAGCACUCGAGGCUCUCCAGCACCAGGGUCUCGGCACAGUAUACGCCACGGACGGAGCAGCGACCAGCGGUCCAGAAUGAUAAAGGAGCUGUACCAGCAGACGGAACCGAAGUCACACCGGCCGAGCUACGCCAACAAGGCGGUCCUGCUGAGCAGUGCCAAGUGGGAGCAGAUGUGGAAGAAGGUGGUCAGCCCGGCGGAGAAGGAAACGGAGGUGCUGUGUCAGCAGGAGCGCGAGUUCCGCGAGUACCUCAAGAACGGGUCGAAGAAGAUGACCAGCACGUGGGAGAACACGGUGCAGAACAUACGGGACAAGAAGGAGGCGGAGCGGUUGCGCCGCGACAAGGCGAAGGUGGAGGAAGACCAACGACACUACCGUGAGCUGAAAGCGGCGGACGAGAUCAAGCGCCGGGAGCUGAUACAAAAGGCGGAGGAUCUCAUCCAGAAGGACAAGGUGGGCCCGCGGGUGCUGGAGAGUGCGGCCAAGUUCUGCGAGGUGCUGAAGGGCCGGGAGAUGCAGCGCCAGUUCCGGCUGGAGCAGGAGCAGCUCCAGCAGAUGCGCAAGCAGUCGGUCGACACGCAAACGCUGUCGCAGGCGAACCACUGGCUGAAGUCGCACGGCGAUCGGCUGCUCGAGGAUCGGCAGCGCUUCGACAACUACAAGCGCGAGCUGAAGGAAACGAUGAUCCGCAACCAGCAGCUGCAGCGCCAGCGCAAGCAGGAGCUGAUCGCGGAGGAGCAGCAAAGCCUGGAGGCGAUUGAGGGCGAGAUGCGCCGGCAGCAGGAGCAGGACCGGGCGGCCCUGGAGGCGAGCAAGGAGAUGCGGCGCAAGAAUGCGCUGGAAGCGAUCCGGAUGGCGGAGGACAGGCGCACCCGGUUGCGCCGCGAGUCGGAGAUAGAGGACGCGCUGCUGCAGAUCUACUGCGAGGGGCAGCAGAACAUUGCCAGCUUCAAGCAGGCGAUACACGUGAACAAGCACCGGUUGCGGGACAACUCGCACCAGCUGGUGGACGCGCUCGAGCGGCAGCGGGCGGCCCUCGCGCAAGAGGAGCGCAACCAGGCCCGGGCGGCCGAGGAGAAGGACCGCAUCGCGUCGAUCAAGGAGCGGGAGCAGACGGAGCAGCAGCGCCAGCUGCGGGCGGCCCGCAUGCAGGCCCACCUGGACGAGAUCGAGUGGCAGCGGCAGCGGGAGGCGGAGGAGGCGGUGCUGACGCGCCGCGAGUACGAGGAGCGGCUGCGCAACAUCGACGUCACGUUCGGGUUCGACCGGCACAAGGUGGCGGACAAGACGGUGAAAACGUACGCCCAGCGCAAGCUGCUGCUCGGCCAGAUGGUGGAGAAGGAGGUGCGCGAGCGGCGCGAGGCGGACACGGCGGCCGAGCUGCGGUACGCGAAGGAGCACGCGGACAAGGAGAACCGCCACUUUCUGCAGUACGCGCAGGAUCUGAUCAGCGACGCGAAGGUGAAGGGCCGGCCGAUCCUCCCGCUGCUCAAGACGGUGCAGAGCUACAAGCGCGAGCACUAUCACGACUUUAAGGAGGCGGACGUGCUGCCCCAGCAUCUGCUGUCCCGCGUCCCCAUCCACAACAAGCUGAUGGAGCAGGGGCUGCUGGACGCGCUGCCGGCCCGGCAGAAGGCGCUCGUGCUGCCGAAGCGCAAUGCACCGAAGGCGCUGGAAGCGCUCGUGAAGGACGAACCAAAGGAGGGCAGUGACAAGGGCGGUUCCAGUACGCCGUCGGGCGACGACCCGAAGCAAGUUGUCUGA